AUGACUGACAAGCUCCCUCCAAACCUCCUCGCGCUUUUCGCGCCGCGACCUCCGCUGCGCUACCUGCAGCCCAUCAACAGAGCGCCCGACGAUGUCAAGCCGAGUACGAUAUCCGGUGUCGCCGGUUUUCUCGAUGAGCUGAAGAAAUAUGGCGAGGAGGUUCCAUAUACGCCGACUGAGAGUUGGCUGCAACGCAAGGAUAGGCAAAAGCUGGAGAAGCGGGAGCAGGCUGAGAAGCGUCUGGCUGCUGGACUUACAGAGUAUAACCCUGCUGAAGACCAGCAAAUCCGUGGUGACCCUUUCAGGACGCUCUUCGUGUCCAGGCUUAGCUACGAGGUAAAGGAGGCAGAUCUGGAACGAGAAUUUGGCCGAUUUGGCCCGGUUGAGAGGAUCCGAAUAGUCAAGGAUACGAAGAAUCCCAAUCCAAAGAAACCACACAGAGGAUAUGCUUUCAUAGUGUACGAGCGUGAAAAGGAUAUGAAGGCCGCCUACAAAGAAACAGAUGGAAUCCGCAUCAAGGAUCGACGAGCCCUUGUCGAUGUUGAGCGUGGACGCACAGUCAAGGGAUGGAAACCCCGCCGGUUUGGUGGUGGGCUUGGUGGGCGCGGAUACACCAAGGCUAUGCCCUCGAGGCCCCUUGGCCCCGGUGGAUACGGACCUCCAUCCGGUCCUGGUGGUUUCCAAGGCGGUUUCCGUGGAGGACCAAGGGGAGGAGGCUUCCGUGGCGGAUUUAGAGGAGGAGAUCGGCCGUUUGGUGGCCGUGGAGGAAUUGGUUUCCAAGGUGGGCGCGGCGGAUUUGGAGGCCCGCCCAAUGGUGCAAUGGGUCAGCCUCCGCCAAACGCUCCCCUCGGCCCUGGAGGAAGUCGUGGUGGUGGGUAUGGUCAGCAGAAUGGCGACAUGGGCCAUGGUCCGGCGAUCGAGGUGAUCGAGGUGUGA